AUGAGUAGUAUUGGACGAGUUCGAAGUAGAAGACCAUCGCUUGUCGAAUGGACCCAGCAUAUGAAUCGUUAUCCUUCUAUGGAUCUCGAUCGAAGGUAUGAAUACUGCAAUGCAUUUCAUAUCGAAUAUUACGACGAAUAUGGACGUACCAUUGGAGCUCCGGAAAAGGUACAGCCGUUUCCAGGACAAAUACUUCGUGACUGUUUAGAUCAUCGUUUACGCCAACGUGGCCUAGUACCAUCUACAGUGCUAUUUUUUGUGGAAAAUUCCCGAACACCACUUCCGGACAAUUGCGAUGCCAAUUUUCUUAGCGGCCAGCGGAUUGUUGCACGAGUACGUAAAGGGAUGACACGAUUUGGACGAAGUCGAACUCAACAAUCCUUAGAUAUUGAUAUCAGUGAUACAAAACCAAUCCGAAAAAACAGCGAUGAUAGUAUGUCAUCUUGGAGGAAUUCGUUGGUAAAUUCAAAAAUGCUUUCGCGCAGUCGAGGCAAUAAUUUGUCAUCAUCGCAUUCGGGAAGUGGUUGUCAAGAUUAUGAGCCAAGAAUUCGGAAAAAUUCACCAACAAGUCAAUCAAUACUGCUCAAUAUAGCAUUAGAUGAACCAUCAUGUUCUGAGGAUUUAUCCUCGAUCGUUUUGCACGACGAUAGUAGUGUCAGUGGAACAAGACGUUUGCGCAAUAUAGCUGCUACCAGUAGGAGAAGUUUAUUUUUUGGAAAGGACAAGGCAGAAAUGCUUGCACGUUUAACAUUGCUGAAAGAUGAAGUGCAGAAACCGGUACCAAUGUUUGAACUUGAAUCUCACUGGACCAAUAUUGUUCGUGAUAACGAGGAAUUAAGUAAACAUGCAUAUGAACAGCAGGAAGCUAUUUGGGAAUUUGUCACAACCGAACAUCGAUAUUUGCAGCUUUUAAAACAAAUGAAUGAACUUUGUCAAUGCUUUCUAAAAAUGCAAGAAGUUGGCUACAUGCGUGACGUUGACCCACGUCGAGUGUUUCUUAAUUAUCCUGAACUUUAUCUUCAUAAUUCGAAAUUUUGGAAAAAAGCAGUAUUACCAAUGCUUCAAACUUCAAGAAAUAAUGGUACUCCUCUUGAUCCAGCAAUCCUGAAAUCCGGUUUUGAACGAAUUGAUGAAUGGUGGCCUUGCUAUACAACUUUCAUAUAUGGUCAUGCCGAUUGUCAUAGUUAUGUGCAGAAAUGUCAGAAAGAAAAUGAACUGUUUCGCGAAUUUGUUACGUGGGCAGAAUCGCAAGAUACAAUGAGGCGACAACGUUUAUUGGAUGCGUUAACGAAUCCGAUGCAACGUCUCACGCGAUACAGUUUGCUUCUCAAAGCUGUUCUUAAGCAUACCGUUGAUGAUACGGAACGAGAUACUAUUCAGGAUAUGAUAGUACGAAUCGAAAAAGCGACACGAAAUGUUGAAGAAACAUUAAAUAACAACGACUUGCAAAAUAAGCUGAAUGAAUUAUCCAGAGCAAUUGAGAGCUAUGAAGCCGUUGAUUGUGAAGAGUUUGAAAAGAUAUUCCCAAUUAAAUGCUAUAUUCGUUUGGCCGAUCCGAUGCCAUAUUUUGUGGGACAACCACAAUUUCGUCGUGUUUAUUUGCGUGCUGAUUUGAAAAUGAAAGACGGCAAACAGGGAACAAAGGUAGAUGCACAUUGCAUACUUUUCACCGAUCUCUUCCUCAUAUGUAAAGCUUCUAAUAAACGUUAUGAUCGUCUAAGGAUACUUAAACCACCAAUACAUAUUGCUAAAAUGUGCCUUCAGCGAUUUCCUGAUUAUUCUGGCUUCGUAAUAGCACCAAUUAACGAUUUUGGUAUGCCCUCGGCAUUAUAUUAUUUAUCGACUCCAUCAAUUGAAGAAACCCGCAAAUGGCUCGAAAUGACUAAUAUGGCAUUAAGGGACUUUUAUCGCUUGAAGCCUCUAAGUCCGCAACAGUGCUUGCUAGGUAUAUCGAUGGGAUUAUUUAAUGGAUUUGGAUUAAACGAUGAUAUAGAUCAUAAUCGUUCCAAUAGCAGUAGCGGUAGUAAUCAAGAGACUAUUAAUCAAGAAAUUAUACAUCGAAAAAGUUCCAGUAUGGAUUCUCAAAUAGUUGCUGAACAUAAUCGUAUUGCUAAUGUGCGAAAAGUGAACACAGUAUCGUCGGCAGAUCAGAUUGAUCGAUUACUAAGAGAAGGACAAAGUGUCGGCAAUGGGAUUUGUGGUAGUGUAAAAAAUAAUUUAGUAUCACAGCAUAAAUUAGCUGUGAUGGUUAAUGAUGAUCGUUCCUUACCCUCAUUAGUUAAUACAACGUUAAAUGGACAGUCAAAAUCGUCCACAGAUUUACACUUCACUUCAAAAUCCGUUGAACAUUUGGAAUCACCCAAUUUGCAUCGUCGAUCGCGAUCGAACUCCUCUGGACCGACCGAUGUUGCUAGGACCUAUUUAAAUAAGUCUUCCAAAGCCGGGUUCUCGACUCAUUUAUAUAACAAAGGACAUAUCUAUGUCAGCGAUACACCAUCCACAUCGUUGGAACAUCGAGAAGGAUGCGACCUGCGUGCAUCCCAAGGCACCUUAGAUAGCAGUCCUGAUUUUUCCGAACAACGAAUUGCUGAGCGGCACGAUGAAACGGUGAGAUGUUCCUCACCUUCAAUAAUUAUGACCUAUGCGAACGAUGAAAGUAUCGGAACAUCAUCUUCACAGAUGUUAAAUGCACGUCGUUUUGAACGACGCUAUCAUACAUCAGAUGGUAUUGAUAUUACUAAGCCAAAGGUACCAACGAAUUUACCACCUGGGAUUCUGAAACGAUUCUCCUGGAACGUAUCAACGGCUGUUGGUGGUUCAUCCAGAAAAAUAACGAAUCGGAUGAAUGAACAGAAUAUUCGGCGUCAAUCACAGUCGACGGUAGCUUCAUCGGAAUCAUUCAGCUCAUCAACAUCUGGUUUCAGUACCGCUUCAUCAUAUAUGGAAGGUUCCACUGUUACAGAGGAAAUGACUCCAACCGAUGAUCUUGAUAUGCAUAUUUCGACAGUAGCAAUAGGAGAACAAUUGGAGGAUGUAGCGGAGGAUACUCGAACUCUGAAGAUUCAACUUAGCGAUGAGAAUAUUAAUGAAAUUGAAAAGAAAGAAACGAUAAGUGUUCCACCUCCACUUCCUGAGGCACCACCUCCUUCAUUAAAUGGUAAAGAGAAAGGAGCUGGAUUUGGUGCUACUACCGCUCCUCUUCCUUCCACAACUGCAACUUCAGUCUUGAUAACAGCUAACAAAGGAGCUGAGAUGACAAAUUCCGUUAAGCAGCAAGAGUUAUUAAAAUUCAUCAUGGACAAUCAUCUGGAGACCUCUGAUGUCUAA